UGUCGCACACUAGUGAUUGGUGCAGCUGAUGGCCACCUCCUUUCCUUCCCCUCCAUUGUUUGAGGUUUUAGUGAAGGGUUUGACAGAUACCGCAUGUAGCUCUGGAGUUGCUCAUACUAUGGAUUAUUGUCGAUGUAGGGUAAAGGUGCGCAUGGGCACCACCCGUCAGCCCAGGAACAGGAUGUGAUGUCACAGCGAUAGCAGCUUUCAUUUUCCAAUCCAGCUUUGUGUUUGCGAGUGGGGAGACCCCCGCUCCAAAGACAGGAUAUGUUUGAAGUCAAACCCCGGGCGGUGGAGAAGAAGGAGUCGAGCACUGAGACGGAUGAGGGCCUGGGCAGCAGCGGGAGGCAUGGCGGCUCCGGCUCAGUGGGCUCUGGCUCAGCUGGCUCCAUCUACCUGUCAGACAGCCAGGACUGGGUGGUUUCCCCGAGCUGCUCACCAGAUGAAGGCCCCGGCCAGCUCAACGCCAUCUCCACCAUGCUGGCAGAGGAGACUUUCCGCUACAUGACGUAUCUUGCUUUGGAGCCCUCCUCUUAUUCCCACCCCGGCUCUCAGAGCCUCUCCAAAGUCCUCAGCGCUGAUCGCGUGGAGCAGAUGACCAAGACGUACAAUGACAUUGAAGUGGUUACACACCUUUUGGCUGAGCGGGACAGAGACUUGGAGCUGGCAGCUCGCAUCGGUCAGUCACUUCUGCAGAGGAACCACCUGCUUCAAGAACGCAAUGAAGCCAUAGAUGAGCAGCUAGCACAGGCCCUAGACCAGGUUCAUCAGCUGCAACAUGAACUCAGUAAGAAGGAUGAGUUGCUGCGGAUGGUGGCCAGCGUCUCAGAGGAGAGUGAGACCGACUCCAGUGUGUCCACCCCCCUGCGGCAGCCCCCGCCACUGGGGGGACCCACUGCCGCCACUGCACUCAUCCAGCUGGAGGCUCUUCAGACCAAGCUGCAGGACCUGGAAGAGGAGAACCUGACUCUGAGGUCUGAGGCAUGUCAGCUGAAGAGAGACACCAUCACCUAUGAGGAGAAAGAGCAGCAGCUGGUGAGCGACUGUGUCAAGGAGCUCCGUGAGUCCAGCAGCCAGAUGGUGUCUCUGACAGACGAACUGUCUCAGAAGAAUGAGGAGCUGCUCAGACACCAGGAAGAAAUCGCUCAGCUGCUCUCCCAGAACAGUUAUCACAGAUUAGUGUGUGCAACUGUGUUGUGCUUCUGUACAGCUGGCUCUGGAGAAAGAGGAGUUGAGGAUCCACCUGCAGGCCUCCAAAGAUGCUCAGAGACAGCUCACAGCAGAGCUGAACGAGUUGGCGGAGAGAAUGCCGAAUGUGAAGAGAUGCUCCAUGAGUCACAGGAGGAGAUCAAGGAACUUCGCAGUAAAAACACUCCCUCUGCUGGGAUGCGAAGGCACCUUCCCUAUGGCCUCUACCCCAUGGACUCCCUGGCAGCAGAGAUUGAAGGCACCAUGAGGAGAGAGCUGAGUGUAGAUGAACAGACCGCCUUUCAGGACCAAAGAAUAUCCCAGAAGCGAGUCUUCCAGACGGUCCGCUCUGUCAAUGCUUCUCGGGCAGCUUUGGCCACUCCUCGUAUCCCCGGCUCAGGACAGAGUUCACUAGUGAUGACUGCACAGCCCUUCCACUCCACCCAGAGAGAGGAGUCACGAAUGGGUCAGCCUAGCUCUCCAGGAGGAAACGACCUCACCAGAGCCCUCCACCGCCUGUCGCUACGGCGACAGAACUUCCUGUCUGAGCGUCAGUUCUUCCAGGAUGAGCGGGAGAAGAAGCUGCAAGCCCUGGCAGGAGUGGAGGCAGACGGAGAGGGCAGCAGCUGCAGCUCGCCAAUGGGCAGUGUGCUGUCCUCAUUCUCUAACCUGUCAGAGCUCUCCAUCACCUCCGGUGUUUUUAAGACCUUCCUCCCUGAGAAGCUUCAGAUUGUCAAGCCCAUGGAAGGCUCACUGACGCUCCACCACUGGCAGCAGCUGGCCCCGCCACAUCUGGCCACCAUCCUGGACCCACACCCUGGUGUAGUGACAAAGGGUUUCCGUCCACUGGCUCAGGAUGCUGUCUACCGCCUGUCUGACAUGGAGGAGGAUGAGGAAGAGGAACAGCACAAUGGGAUUGGUAUCCUGGAGAAGGGGGCUGCAGAGCGAGGUAAGGAAGAAGAGGAAGAGGAGGAGGGUGGGAUCACGUUCACUGUGUACUCUUCAUCUACACCAGAGGAGAAGAAAGACAGAAAGCAGUCGAUGUCUGCUUCCCCUGUUCCACCUCUGUCCGCCACCCUGCCGACAUCACGUGGGACACCUGCUACUUCCUUCUCAGUCAGAUCAGACCUCUGUGUGACCACAGAGACAUCCAGCCUGUCACCUCCGCCCAUUCCAGGAGCUUUUGCAGUCGGUCAGGUUUGCACAUCAGUAGCAGCAACAGCCUCCUCCUCUGUCCAAAAUCCUGGGAAGUCUCAGAGCUCCACCUUCUCCACUUACACCUUCACAACCUGCCGCAUCCUGCACCCCAGUGACGUCACACAGGUCACCCCAAGUUCUCAGUCCUCUCUCUUGGCCAAUACACCAAGCUCCAUGAGGACAGGUCCCAGUACCCCUGUGACUCCCUGCAGGCUGAGCCUGGGUGGCUGCUUCCCCCCUCGACGCCCCCCUGCGCCAACCAGUGGCCUGGCCAAGCUGGUCCUUGAGAGGGGCAUUUCUGCACAAGUGUCCACCGACACCCCUCCUUCAUCCCUGAGACCAGAUCCUCGGCAGCCCCUUUUCUGUCUUCUGCCAACCACACCUCCUAACUCCCCCUCCCACUCACCUGCUCCCUCUCCUAUGCCCAUGGAAUCACGGCAACAUCCUGCUGACACUUUCCUAGCCUCACGGCCAGCAGAACUUUUUCUUCAGGAUGUUUAUGGGUUAAAUCUGGGCCGCGCCCCACAUCCCAACCUACCGAGCCCCUCCCAGGAAACUCCAGCCCAUGUCCCUCCCCCCAAGUCAACCCGAGCCAGGGCCGACUCAGGCAGUGUCGGACUGGUGGAGAGGCUGCGGCAGCUGGGAUUCACUAAAGUGCUCCAUGGUUCAGAGUCUGAGGCUUCAGUGCCACGCCAGGACUCUGCCACUUUUGUGUCAGCAGGUGGGGGGAGCCUCUUGGACGGCCUGAGGCGCAACCAGAGCCUCCCGGCUAUGAUUGGUGCCCAGGUGGCAAAGUCAGCCAGUACCUCUACACCUCCACCUCACCCAACCUCUCUGGCCCUCCCCCCUCCACCAUGGGGUAACCUUAAAGAGCGCCGCCGCCGUCUUGCCUCUGUAUCUCAUGCCCCGUCAAGUUCAGCCAAACGCUGAAGAGGGGAUGGACUCUAAAACAUGAACCUUGUUCUUUACACCUUCAUCAGUAUUCAGGGGUCAGGGCAUCAGUGAGCAGAACAGUCUUUCCUGUUUGUGUCUUAAUUUUAAAGCACAAUUUAACUGAACUGACUACUUUUAGCGAUACUACAGUAUCUGUGUGAGUAGAGAUGAUGCUAGGUAUUACAGCCUUAGCUUGCCUCUCAGUGGGUUAUUCAGCUCUCAGUACCUUCUAGUUAGCUUCUGUAGUUUUCCUGUGAGGCUCUGCAUGUUCAGGCACAGGUAGACAAGAGGGAGAAACGUAAGUGAGUGAAGGUUUGUGGAAGUGGAUUAGGAAAGAACAAGAGUGAAGUCAGGUGAAUGAAAGAAAGGGAGAGUGUGGUUUAUUCAUGGAAGAAGAGAAAGUGAAGAGAAAAAGAGUGAGCAUCCAGACCUGCUAUUUCAAGGGCUUGUUCUGAUUUGGAAAAGCUUUAGUCUCUAAUAAAACAGUAUCUUGCAAGCCAACCAUGCCCAUAACAGUGACUUGUUUAAGAACCUCUGCCUCAACAUGAAAAACCGUUUAUUGCUUGAGGGGAUUAAACCGUUUAUUGCUUGAGGUUAGAAUACUUUGAAUGUUACCUGGCUUCAACAACAUACUGCCAGGAAACAUGACUAUAUUAAUAUUAUAAUGAUUUGUCAGCAGACCUUUGUUGCACAGAUAAUGACCAUCCAUGUGCCAUGCUCCCUUCUCACCUCUUGCCAGUGUCUGACUGACACAUUAAAAACAUCUUGGCCUCCAGAUGCCAGCAUGCACCUGUUGGCAAAUCUGUGGGGCGUGGCAAAAGGUAAGGUCAGAACCAAAUCAGACACGGCACAAAAGCUAGGGCAGUCUGCUUUUUCCUUCAGGGCCAUAUGUCAAGUGCGUCUUUAAUGGUAUGAGGCCUUAAGUAGAAGCCAGCACUGUUCUGAUUUGUGUCCCUGUUAAGCCAUCUUUAUACAUAUUAGUUGCCCUCAGUAAGUUUGUAUUCAUUUUUGGGGGAAUUUGCGUGGUUUGACCUUUAUAGGGGAACUGCGCUUCAGAAGGAAGCCCCAUGGGAUGUUGAGGCUCAGUCUGUUUAGAGGGGAAAAACCACUGAUGAUAUUUUAGUUGUGUGUCGUAAUCAGGUUUAUUCAUUUUCUCUCUUUUAAAUGUUUCAGGCUUACCUCAAGGACCUGUGGUUGCAUACUUUGGCCAGCAGGUGGAACUAUUCCUGUAGGAUAAUAUUUAAAAGUUCAUUUAAUACAUGGAAACUUGGAGCCUUGUGUUCAAACCCUGUGAUCCUUCAUUGCUGUUGUCCUUAACAUUCAUCAGCCCCUCUCUGUUGCAGCACUUUUUUGAUCCUAUGUUUUACAGACAUCACUAUUUGAAGUAUAUAGAUUCUAAUAUUAAUAAGAUUUAGUGUAAUGUGUGCCUGUUGUAUCAAUGUGGGCUAACAUUUUGUCACAACAUUUUAAUAUUUGCAGCAGUAUAUAUUUUUUGUUCUCCAUCUCUAGAAGAGGCCAACAGAAGGGAAUCCAAAUUAAAGCCAACAGUUUUUUUAUUUUUAUUUUUGAAGGAUCUGAAUACUCUGGCUUAAAUGUGUAUAUGUGAUGCAUUUUGUGCUAAUUUGCUGUAAAAUAUUUAUUAAAGGAAGAAGAGCUUCAGUUUAA